GAGACCACGGCUCGUAUUUUUGAACAGAUUGAGUAUGGCCAGGCGUAGCUGAAUGUUUCCCCGUUCCGUAUCUGGUUGCAAAACAUCGACAGGUCUUCCCUCGUGUGAUGGAUAUGUUUUACCCUUCUCAUAUCGGUUGAAUUGAAAUUUUUAGCGGUGUCUGUUUGUGAUAAAUAUGAGUUCUCAUGUUAUCACGCCUGGACCGUACCGAGCCACAAAACUGUGGAAUGAAGUCACCCGUCUGUUUCGGGCUGGUAUGCCCCUCAGGAAGCAUCGACAGAACUUCCGGCACUACUCCUCCUGCUUCAUGGCCUCUGCUGCUGUGGAUUGGUUGCACCAGCUGCUCUGCAGCAACAGCAAUUUUGGCCCUGAUGUCACCAGGCAGCAGACAGUGCAGCUCCUGAAAAAGUUUCUGAAGAACCAUGUGAUCGAAGAUAUGAAGGGCCGUUGGGGUACGGAGGACCUGGAGGACAACAACAUGUUGUACAGAUUCCCCUCCUCUUCUCCUCUAAAGCCCAUUCCCUGUCGAGCUCCACCUUCAGACUGCAGCUCCAUAAAGAAAAGGCCAUCACUGAGGGACAGAGAAGGUUUCUUCAAGUUUAGGAGUAUCAAAAAGCACGAGAAGGAGACGCAGGAAAAUGUCGAUCCUGCGAUCCAUGCACAGGCAGAGGGACUGAGUCAGCCAGUUGGAGAGCAGGUCCAGAGGCGAGCACUGACAGUGGAGGAUGAACGGGAUAUCUGGAGAGACAUCACCCUGACCCACUUGCAGAGGAUUCUGGGUGUUGCAUCUCUUGAUGAUGUUUUAGACCAGCGUUAUGUAAACCCACAGAACAUCAUCCAUAAUAUGACUAAAGUCACCAAGCAUGGGGUGGUCACACUGGACGACAAGACCAAUGACCUUCCACACUGGGUUUUGUCUGCCAUGAAGAGCUUGGCCAACUGGCCAAAGUAUGACAGUGCACAGCCAUCCUAUCCUGGCUUUGAGAGAGAUGUCUUCAAAACAGUGUCUGAUUACUUCUACAGCCUUCCGCAGCCGUUACUCACAUAUGAACUGUAUGAACUGUUUAUCAAUGUCCUGGUGUUUUGUGGAUACGUUGCUGCACCCGCUACACGCCAACCUGAGAAAUGCAAGAAGCCUGACCCCCCCUCAGCCCCCCUGCCAGCCAAGACAUCCUUCUGCUCCACAGAGUGUCUCCUCCUGUCACUGCUCCGACAGGGGAUGUGUGAUGAGACGGAGUCACCAAUGACAGAGGUGCUUGGUGGUAAGCUUCAGUCAAGGCUGGCAGCAGUUGAAGGAGGCGGUGCAGGUGAAGGCCAGCUAGGCGGCAGCUGCCUGCACCUCAGCACAGUUUCCACAAAACGUCAAACCAGGAGCUGUUCACUCGAAACCAUCCUCGACGACUCUGCCCCUCUCACCCGACAACAGCUGUUUCUGUCCAGUGACAGUCUGGCAUCCUGCACCUAUGGCAAGAGGAGCCAGGAUGACAGUCCUGCUAUAACAAUACCACACAGUAGUUCAGACUUUGCACCUCUGUCCAAAGCAGCCCCAGUUAGUGACCAGUUACCAGUAGCUCCAGGAGGUACAAUUAGAAACAGACUGUCUGUAGUUUCUAUGACUGGACUGUCAGGCUCACAGAGGUCACGUCCUUUGCAGCCACGCAGCAUAGGCAGCUGUCUGGACAUUGUCCUAGAAACCAGGGAUGAAGAUGUCAACGACUCCAUACGGUGGGGCCGAGCAGCCAGCUGCCUCAACAUGAACACUCUUGCAGACCAGCAUCCCUCUUCCUCUGCUUCACAUCCUCCCUUGUUGACUUCCUGUCAUCCCUUCUCUUCUUCCUAUCAUUCUUUUUCUUUCUCUUCAUCUGCUAUGGCAAAAGUACAAGGGUCUCAUGCUGCUCUAGGACCCAGACCCGCCUCCAGUACCUCUAAUCUUUGGAUGCUUCCUGCACCUGCUGUUGUCCGGCGCUGCCUCAGCUCUCUGGAUGUGCCCGAGUUGCCUCGACCUGUUUCACUGUUCAAAGCGCCUGUGUGUGUGUCCACCAGUACCUCCCACCCUCCCCAAACCAAACCUGAGCACAGCCUUCUUCAGCCUCAGUGUGAGCGUGUAGCAAUCGAGGCCCUGCAGCUCUGCACCCUCCUCCUCCCCCCCGCCUCCCGCAGGAAGUUGCAGCUCCUCAUGAGGAUGAUGUCACGCAUCAGUCAGAACGUGGACAUGCCUCGCCUCCACCCUGCCAUCGGCACCCGAACACUUAUGGUCCACACAUUCUCCAGCUGUGUCCUGGGCAGCGCUGAGGAGUGUGAUUUGGACGAGCUGUUAGCUACCAGGCUGGUGUCAUUUCUAAUGGACCAUCAACAAAGCAUCCUGUCAGUCCCAGGCUACCUGCUCAGUGCCAUCACUGACCGCAUACAGUACCUGCGCACAGCACAGGUCCCUGUCGACGGUGUUUCUGACACCUGUGAUCCAGCUUGUGUUCCAUUGCCAAUCUAUGCGUUCUGCCAUCAAAUUAGCAGUGCCGAGUUUGAACAACAAAAGCUGGCGUCUUCUCAGAAAGCCAUGGAGGAGUUACUGGAGAUCCUGCUGACAGACCAAAACUUAAGUGAGAAGGACAGGCGCAAGAAACUGAAACAGUUUCAGAAGCAGUACCCAGAGAUCUACCGUCGACGGUUCCCGUCCUCAGGGGGAGAGGAUCAGACCAACAACAAGCCAAAGAUUAAACCCCCCCUCCUCAACAUCAAGAAGACCAGACAUUUCAGCAUCAGGAACUGAACUGUUGCCAUGACAGAAGCGGCAGUUUGUUGUCCUUGUUUCACUGUAGCUGCACUGACGACACUGGGAAAACCUCAGCCGUUAACUUUUUCUUGUUGCAUAGGAAGCACCGUUAUUCCUGUUGUGUCUCAUCUGUGUGCUAAUGCAGGCUGGCAUGCUUCUACAAUGUGUAUAUUCAUGUUGUGUGUUUGGUGUGUGUGCCAGCAGCUGAGUAGGAAGAAGUUGGGUGGACAGACGGUAGUUUCUUAGAGCAGUUCAGUUUGAACGCUUUUAUGAUGAAGGGUUUUGUUUUUGCUAACAUGUUAGUUUAGUUUUGUCGGCUUCUGUGUUUGUUUGGAUCUCGUUACCCGUUUCCCUCUCACCCCUCCUUCCCUCUCUAUUGCUAGCUGAUACUUGUGUGUGUUUACUUGUAUGGCUAUAGAGUGUAAGGACCAGUUUGAGUUUUAUACCAUGGGAGUGACGACAUUUUGACCAGUUCCUACUUUCUGACACAGAGUCAAAGGGCUGUUUGAAAGUUAAGACUUGGUUUUAGGGUUUGGGAUAAUGGACUAGAGAAUGCAUUCUGGCAAAGAAAGCCCACAGACUAUGUGUGUGCAUGUGUGUAAAGCUUCAGAGUGCUUUUUGGGAGAAAAUAUACAUAUGGGAAUAAUUAGAUUUUAGAUUAAUUUAUAUCUGAUUGAUCAUGUUGGGAGCAGUGCUAUGUAUCUUUGCCUUAAUUGUGUCUUGUCCUGUGAAAUGUUUUAGUUUACUAAUCAUUUCAGAUUGCAGGCUUUAUUUAAAUUGCUCUUGAGUCUUUUAGAAGUCUGAUGUCAAACCUUUCCUUUGUCAAACUUUUUGUUUGUUUUGUUUUUUUUAGCACGGCAGUCUUUUCUUAUUUUUUUUGUACAUUUCAUUUAUAUUCGGUGUGAUCUGGGAGAUUAUCUCACCCCACUUUUGUAUUUCUCAUUUGUGUGUCUCAUCUUACAUCCCUGCUUACUUUUUUGGACACAAAAGUAUUUUGCACUGGGUUUAGCCAUUAUGAAUGGCCAGCAAAUGUCAAUCAUCCCAAUGGUUAACUUAUAUAUAUUUAAUGCAUGUUGGACUCCAUAAAGAAGGUUUCAUCAGACACAUCAGAUAUUUUGCUGCAGCUUUUCCUUAAAGUUUGGUAACAUUUUUUUUUUUUCCAUGACAUCUGUCACAUUUAAGUGCAUGGAUGUAGCUGAAGUCUAGUGGCAUCCAUUAACUUCAGUGAUGGAUGGUAAUGAGUUUUUGGUACUGUAAGCUGAAGUGCAGUACAGAAGCCAUAUUAUGUCGAGGUCUAAGGAAAUUAACCAAACUUGAUGUCAAGCUUUUUUCUUUUUUUUUUUUUCUUUUUUAUUUAUCUUAGGUUGUAUGAAGUAUUCCUUCUGUCCUGAUAUGUUUGCUUAUACCUCAUCUCAUCAGUUGUGUUUUUGGCAAAGACUUACAGAGAAUUGGAUGUUGUACACCUACAGUUACACUCUUUUCUAUACAUAGCGUACUAUGCAAAGUCCUGGGAAAUAAACUUGUUCAGCUGGUCUUUUUACAUAUGGCUUUGUCCUAUUUCUGUUUACAGUUAUUUGCUAUACUGUAUGUUAUUUAGUAUGCCAGGUCCAAAACGCAACAUAGCCCAUGUGUGCUUCCCUGAGGAUCUCUGACCAUCUUGGUCAUU